CACUAUAUUGCCAUAUUGCCAGAAGUAUUGUCCCGACCUCCAUAUCAUGUGAUUCAGGUGUUCCAAUCCCCUCCAUGCACACAGGUGUAUACAAUCAAGCCCCUAGGCAUGCAGACGGCUUCUACAAACAUUGGUGAAAGAAUGGGUCGCUCUCAGGAGCUCAGUGACUCCAAGCGUGGUCCCGUGAUAGGUGGCCACCUGGGCAAUAAGUCCAUCCGUGACAUUUCCUGGCUACUAAAUAUUCCACGCUCAACUGUUAGUGGGAUUAUAACAAAGUGGAAGCAACUGGGAACAACAGCCACUCAGCCACCAAGUGGUAGGCCACGUCACAUGACAGGGCGGGGGUCAGCGCAUGCUGAAGCGCACAGUGCGCAGAAGUCACCAACUGUCUGCAGAGUCAAUAGCUAAAGACCUCCAAACUUGGUGUGGCCUUCAGAUGAGCCCAACAAUCAGUGUCCAUCAGUGCUGCCUAUCAGUGCCCAUUGGUGCUGCCUCAUCAACGCACAUCAGUGAAAGAAAAAAAUUACCUG